CCGAUCCAGUCAGACGGUUCAACCGGAGAGUCUGUCAGAGGGUCCAGUGGGUCCAGCCGGAAGGUCCACCAGCCAGAUCAGAAAAGGCGGGAGAUAUACUGUGAGGUAGCAGAAACGGUCGGAGAAGGUGGCCCAGACCCUAGCCCUCUGAUCAAUGGCGGAUUCCCGAUUUGAAGGGGAGUGGGAGGGACAGCAGUUUAGGGAACUGCCCAUGAUCCAAGAGGGGGAACCUGUGCUGACCUUCCGGGGGCCCAAGAUGCAGGGGGAGUGUGUCCUCUCAGAUUCAGAGGACAUGAAAGUCAGAUACCUGGUGCGCUACCAAAGGGAGGGGUUCAGUCCUCCGAGGGGAGAACGGGCCGAGGAAGAGGCAAAGAUGGAGCAUGGGGAUGAGGGUGAGGCCGAGUCUGAGGUGGAGGUCGAGGCUAACCCUCAUGGCCUGGAGGCUGGGCCUAGUGACAGCCGCAGCCCCAGUCCCAAGCGCAGCCGCAGGAGCCCUAGACCCAGCCCAAGCCAACACCUCAGCAGCAGUAGCAGCAUGGGUGCCGAGAGUCGUCUGCUCCGUUACUCUGCUAUCCAUAUGCAGCUGGACAGUGAUACCGCUCUCCAGAUGGCAGCUAAGAGGGAACAACGGGAGGAUUGUCCCGUAACGUCGUCAGAGGGCAGCCUGCGGGUCGGUCACCUACCUAAGGUCUUGAAGCCCUUGCUCGUUCAAGACUGGGAGCUGGUGACCUUGGGGAAGCUCUUCACCCUUCCAGCUAGAAAGACUGUUGACGCCAUCCUGACUGAGUAUGCUUCCUUCCAUGAAAACUCUGGGACUGCCGCCAAGAAGCUCGCAGUCAAUGAGCUGAUGGCCAUGAUCAAGGAGUACUUUGAUCUGGUGCUGGGGACCCAGCUCCUCUACAAUUUCGAGAGGCCACAGUAUGCUGAGAUCCUGAUUAGCCAACCCACUGCCCAAAUGUCCCAGGUGUAUGGAGGUGCCCACCUGCUGCGCCUCUUCCCACAGUUGAGUUCCAUGCUGUCCUGUACUUCACUAGGUAAGAGGAGUCUCAAUGUGUUGCUGACCCAUUUGCAAGAUUUCCUGGAAUAUCUGGCAAACGAUCCUUCUCUGCUGUGUAUUGAUCCCAUUGAUUACCAAUUGGCAACCAAAGAGUACCAGCAAACAGCUGGGUAGGGGCUUGGCAG